AUGUCCGCAGACGGUGCAUUGCGACAACGCGACAACUUCGUCGGAGCGAGUCGCCACUUCCUGGCUCUUCGCGAUCGGAUCGAGGAGCAGGCGGACGCAAUUCGCGAGUUCGCAUCAAAAAACGGAUGCGAAUUUGCGUUCACACCCCCUCGGGCUCCGCACAUGGGCGGACUAUGGGAGGCAGGUGUGAAAACUGCAAAGCACCUACUCCUACGAGCAGUGGGCAGCGCACUUCUCAACGCCGAAGAGCUGGCAACAGUCCUCGUCGGGAUCGAGGCCACGAUGAACUCGCGGCCCCUCGGAGCGCUCAGCCAGGACCCAAGCGACGGAGAGGCGCUAACUCCCGGGCACUUGCUGACAGGCGGGCCGCUCAUCGCAGCACUCCGGACCCCGGACCAGGCGGGUCUCAGUUGCUUGCGGCGAUGGCGGCUUGUCUCGUCAGUCAGGCAAACGUUCUGGCGGCGAUGGUCCCGGGAAUAUGUCCUGGGCCUUCAGGUUCGGGGCAAGUGGCACGAGGAGAAGGCCAACGUCGAGGAGGGCCAACUCGUCGUCGUGGCAGAGGACAACCUGCUGCCUCAACAGUGGCUCCUGGGAAGGAUCGUCGCGACGCACGCAGGAGAGGACGGCAAGGUCAGGGUCGUCGACCUUAGGUGGAGUGAUGGAGCCAUCUUCCGGAGGGCGAUCCACAAGCUGGCGCCGCUGCCGAUUUGUUGA